AUGGAGAUUCGUAACAAGCUCGCUAUUUCCUUCUCUGUGCUUCUCAUAGCCGCAGCUCUCACAGAAGUAGAAGCGCAGCAGGGAAAAGAUGGGCCGUUUGUGGGGGUUAACAUCGGCACCGACGUGUCGAAUCUGCCCUCGCCGGCGGACCUGGUCGCCUUCCUCCAGCUGCAGAAGAUAGACCACGUCAGGCUCUACGAUGCCGACGCUCAGAUUCUUAAAGCCCUCGCCGGAACCAAAAUCCGUGUCACCGUCAGCGUGCCCAACAACCAGCUCCUCGCCAUCGGCUCCUCCAAUGCCACCGCCGCCGCCUGGAUUGGCCGCAAUGUGGAGGCGUACUACCCCAACACCCUCAUCACCGCCGUGGCUGUCGGCGACGAGGUCCUGACCACCGUCCCCUCCUCCGCCCCUCUGCUUAUGCCGGCCAUCGAGUCCCUCCACGCCGCCCUCGUGGCUGCGAAUCUGCACGGCCAGAUCAAAGUCUCCACCCCCAACUCCGCCUCCAUCAUUCUCGACCCCUUCCCACCCUCCCAGGCCUUCUUCAACCAAACCCUAACCCCCAUCAUAACUCGAUUGCUCCAGUUCCUGUCCAGAACACAGUCGCCAUUGAUGAUGAACCUAUACCCUUACUACGUCUUCAUGCAGAACAAAGGGGUUGUUCCUCUGGACAAUUCCCUCUUCAAGCCCCUGACCCCUUCCAAAGAAAUGGUUGACCCGAAUACCCUGCUCCACUACACGAAUGUUAUGGAUGCCAUGAUUGAUUCAGUUUAUUUCUCCAUGAAAAAUCUCAACUUUACCGAUGUUGUGGUUCUUGUGUCUGAAACUGGUUGGCCUUCGAGGGGCGACUUGAAGGAGCCUUACGCGACAAUCAAUAAUGCCGACACCUACAAUUCGAAUCUGAUCAAGCACGUGCUCGACAGGAGUGGGACCCCCCUGCAUCCAGAGGUCACGUCUAGCGUGUACAUAUACGAGCUUUUUAACGAGGACCUGAGGUACCCGCCAGUGUCCGAAGCCAAUUGGGGCCUGUUUUACGCAAACUCAACACCCGUUUAUUUGCUUCACGUCUCGGGAAGUGGUGGUUUUCUGGCGAACGACACCACUAAUCGGACGUAUUGUGUGGCAGCGGAUGGGGUGGAUGGGCGGACAGUGCAGGCCGCUCUGGAUUGGGCUUGUGGGCCUGGGAGGGCGAAUUGUUCGGAGAUUCAGCCCGGGGAAAGUUGUUACCAGCCAAACAAUGUUGGGAAUCACGCAUCAUACGCGUUCGAUAGUUAUUAUCAGAAGGAAGGGAAAAAUCCUGGGUCAUGCGAUUUCAAGGGUGCGGCUAUGAUCACGACUACCGAUCCUAGUGAGUGA